CUCUCCUUGACUAUUGUAACUCCCUCCUCAUUGGCCGACCUCAUUGCAGGCUAUCCCCUCUUCAACUCAUCCACCUUACUAACCAUUCUGUAUCAGCCACCCCUCUCUGCCAAUCCCUCCACUGGCCUCCACUCAGUGUCCUCCAUCCCUCUCUGCCAAUCCUUCCACUGGUCUCCACUCAGUGUCCUCCAUCCCUCUCUGCCAAUCCCUCCACUGGCCACCAGUCAGUGUCCUCCAUCCCUCUCUGCCAAUCCCUCCACUGACCUCCACUCAGUGUCCUCCACCCCUCUCUGCCAAUCCCUCCACUGGCCUCCACUCAGUGUCCUCCACCCCUCUCUGCCAAUCCCUCCACUGGCAUCCACUCAGUGUCCUCUACCCCUCUCU